AUGGCUGAAGAGAAGCAGUAUCGUGAAGAGGUCACGACUGAUCCCAGCCUCACCCAUCAACACACCGCGAGCAGUCAUGGCCUUCACCAUGACCAUGUCGCACAAGAAGCCCUUGGUGGCCACACCGCUGAUCUGGGCAAGUCAUACUUCACAUCCAUCAACUUUAUUGGCACUGUAGUGGCAACGUGUCUAGCGCAGAUUUCUGGUUACCUAGGGUGGGUUCUUCCUGCGAAUACACUGAGUCUCAUCAACGCCGCGAUUGGACCAUCACCGGAUAUCAUCUGGGUCGGCAUCUCAUGGACGGCUGGAUUCGCCAUUGGUUUCACCCUCGUCGGUCGUCUGUCGGACAUCUUCGGUCGUAGAUGGUUCUUCAUCUGCUCUUCAAUACUUGGUCUGGUCGGAAAUAUCAUCGGGGCAAGCGCACAAAGCAUCAACAUGCUGAUCGCAACAAACUCCAUUAAUGGACUCGCCGCAGCCGGCCAACUUUCGUUCCAUAUUAUCCUUGGCGAGCUUGUUCCCAACUCCCUGAGAGGUCCUGUGAACGCUUUCGUGCUUUCGACUUCCGUCCCUUUCGCUGUAUUCGGACCGCCAGUAGCAAGAUCCCUCUACCAGACCACUGAGCUACAAUGGAGAUGGUGCUACAUCCUCGGAUGCAUUGUCAACGUACUGGCAAUUGUUUUAUACUUCUUCUUCUACUUCCCACCAACAUAUGAAAUGCUCCACGUAGGCGGCAAAUCGAAAUUGAAACAACUCAAAACGCUUGACUGGAUGGGUAUCGUCUUGUUCUCAACUGGUCUUGUCGUGUUCCUGAUUGGUAUGAACUGGGGCGGGUCAGCAUACCCAUGGAAGAGCGGACACGUACUGGGAGCACUCUUUGCUGGAUUUGGUACUCUAGUCGCAUUCUGCUUUUGGGAAGCUUUUGCCCCGGGACUAGAGUACCCCCUCAUUCCUUUACGACUCUUCAGAAACAUUCAGUAUGAUGCCAAUGUGGCUUGUGCUAGUCUGGCAGCCAUCGUAUACUACGCAAACUCCAUCAUCUGGCCAACAAUGGUCUCUUCGCUCUUCACCACAGAUAUCACCAAGAUCGGAUGGCUUUCGUGCGCUGUUGGUGGUGGCCUUCUCCUUGGACAAAUCCUUGGAGGCGCUGGUGUGCGCUACCUUCCGCGAAUGAAGAUCCAGAUGACUGUCGCGGCAGUCAUCACUACAGCUUUUGUCGCCGCUGUCGCUGCUUCGAAUGAAACGACAGAAGACCGCACGACCGCAUUACUUUUGAUCGGUACCAUUGCUGCAGGCUACAUCGAGAACCUCACACUUUCCAGUACAGCCUACCUCUGGGAUCCUGCCGAUAUUGGUCUGGUGACUGGUGUCAUGGGUGCUAUCCGAACUGGUCUUUCUGCGAUAGCUACGAGCAUGUACUCAUCGAUACUCGCCACUGAAUCAGCCAAGUAUAUUCCCCAAAAGGUCAUGCCGGCUGCGCUAGCUGCGGGUCUUCCUGAAACGUCGCUCCCCGCGCUGUUAACUAGUAUCACAUUGGGUGACUUCAGCGCUGUACCUGGUAUCUCACCUGCCAUCAUCGCAGCAACAGGUCAAGCUGUGAAGAGCGCAUACGCACUGUCGUUCCGAACUGUAUACCUCUGUACACUUCCUUUUGGCGUACUUCUUAUUGUUGCAGCUUUGCUCUCGCCUAAUGUGGAACAGUAUCUUACAGAUGAGGUUGCGAGGAAGAUGCAUGCCAGGGGCGAUGAAAAGGGUGACCAGGCUGUGAUGAAGGAGGUUGCCGAUGCAUAG